AUGGCUGCUCCUCCACCACCACCGCCGCAAUGGGUUAUCGAUUUGAACACUCCACCCGCCGCAAGGCCAAAAUCAGCUGGAAUCGUUGACCCCCCAGGAUACACGGCAUCAUCUACAGGAAGCAAAGCACGUUCUCCUAAGCAAGUAUCCUCGAAGACCCCAGCUCGCGCACCUCCAACGACCGAAGAAAUGGACGUCCUCAAGCUCAAAAAGGCAUGGGAAGUCGCGCUCGCACCCGUCAAACAGCUCCCGAUGACCGCGAUCAUGAUGUACAUGUCCGGAAACUCCCUCCAAAUAUUCAGUAUCAUGAUGGUACUUAUGGCGUUCAAGAACCCCUUCAUGGGGCUGAUGGCUACGAACCAAGCAUUCGAGAGGUUUGAGAGCAAGGGGACCCGUGCGAAGUUGAUAAUGGUUAAGGGGGUUUAUGUUGCGAUGCAGAUUUUGGCGCUGGCUUUGGGGAUUUGGAAAGUUAAUAAGAUGGGACUUUUACCGACUACACGAUCGGAUUGGCUGGCUUGGGAAACUGUGAGGGAUCCAAUGGAGAUUGCGAUACCUGCAUUUUGA